UAUUUAUCAAAAAAUCGUUUACAAUCGUUCAUACUAGCAAAUUCGUUAUACAAUUUAAUAAACUUGAGCCGGAUCAUCAUUAUUGAGCAUAUUUAUCCAUUUUUUGGUUAUUAACAAAAUAACAACAUGUCAUAUAAAGUACCACAAAAAGUCCAAAAGGUUAUGGUUCAGCCUAUAAACCUUAUUUUUAGGCAUUUACAAAAUCGUGCAAAAGUACAAGUUUGGUUACAAGAAAAGAUUCACUUAAGAAUUGAAGGUCAUAUUGUAGGAUUCGAUGAGUACAUGAAUCUAGUUUUGGAUGAUGCUUGUGAAGUUAAUACUAAAGUUGACUCCCGUAAGCCGGUUGGACGUAUUUUAUUGAAAGGCGAAAAUAUUACACUAAUACAAAAUAUGACUCCUUCUAUUGGUUAAUUUUUGUAUUAUUUUAAAUACUCUAAUUUUAAUUAAUUUACUAUGAUUAAUAUAAGAAACUUAAAAUAAUAAAUUGUAUAUAGCUAUCAAA